GAUUUCCUCCGAGGCAGGCGAGAAGCGCCGCUCCCACGUUGGUCAGAGCUCGCUGCCGCCGCCGCGCCCCGCGCCCUCCGGAGACCGGGACGGGACCACGAUGUGGAAACGCUGGCUCGCGCUCGCGCUCGCGCUGGUGGCGGUCGCCUGGGUCCACGCCGAGGAGGAGCUAAGGAGCAAAUCGAAGAUCUGUGCCAAUGUGUUUUGUGGAGCUGGCCGGGAGUGUGCCGUCACCGAGAAGGGAGAACCCACCUGCCUCUGCAUUGAGCAAUGCAAACCUCACAAGAGGCCUGUGUGUGGCAGUAACGGCAAGACCUACCUCAACCACUGCGAGCUGCAUAGAGACGCCUGCCUCACUGGAUCCAAAAUCCAGGUUAAUUACGACGGACACUGCAAAGAGAAGAAACAUAUAAGUCCAUCUGCCAGCCCAGUUGUUUGCUAUCAGUCUAACCGCGAUGAGCUCCGGCGUCGCAUCAUCCAGUGGCUGGAAGCCGAGAUCAUCCCAGACGGCUGGUUCUCCAAAGGCAGCAACUACAGUGAAAUCCUGGAUAAGUACUUUAAGAACUUUGAUAAUGGUGAUUCUCACUUGGACUCCAGUGAAUUCCUGAAAUUUGUGGAGCAGAAUGAAACCGCCAUCAACAUUAGCACCUAUGUAGACCAGGAGAACAAUAAGCUGCUUAGAGGACUCUGUGUUGAUGCUCUCAUCGAACUGUCUGAUGAAAAUGCUGACUGGAAACUCAGCUUCCAAGAGUUCCUUAAGUGCCUCAACCCGUCUUUCAACCCUCCAGAGAAGAAGUGUGCCCUGGAGGAUGAGACCUAUGCAGAUGGAGCUGAGACCGAGGUGGACUGUAACCGCUGUGUCUGUGCCUGUGGAAACUGGGUCUGCACGGCCAUGACCUGUGACGGAAAGAAUCAGAAGGGGUCCCAGACCCACACAGAGGAGGGGAUGACCAGAUACGUCCAGGAGCUCCAAAAGCACCAGGAAACAGCUGAAAAGACCAAGAGAGUGAGCACCAAAGAGAUCUAAUGAGGGGGAAUCUGGGAAUGGUGUCUGGAGCCGGCACCUUCCCUUCUACUUCAGCGCUGAGUCCAGUAUACGCAAGUGUCUGCUACAAUCGCCAAAUCACCAGUGUUUGCUUGUAUAACAAUGAGUUUUAUUUUGUUUAUUUGUUUUGCAAUAAAGGAAAUGGGGGUGUCUGGCCAAGAGGGGAAGGGCCAUAGACUUCAUCUCUCAGAGUGCUUUGAGAGAAACUGUAAAUGGUGCUCGGGGGCUGGAGGUGGUAAGGAAACUGCCUCGUGGUUGGGAGAGGAGCAGACCCAGGUCGGAACCCCUUCUGGUCCUCUGCAGCUCUAAACAUGCUGCAGGGAGGGCAGGCAGUGCCCAAGAGAUCUUCUCAGGCUGUCCCUAGGAGACAGGUUUGAGAAGCUCAAUGGAGAGGAACACAUUCUGUGUCCAGCUACUCCCCACUGCCGUCAGCAUGACAGAACGCCAACCUCUGCCUCUAGCUCCGCACCCAUCUGGCUGGUUUCCCAGCAUCCCUCAGAUCUGGAUGGAGCUUCUGAGAAGGCACACCCAAAUGAUGCAGAUACUUGCCUACUUUGAGCCCCUUAGAGAGCUAACCAAAUUUCCAAAAACACAUUUUACCAAAGGUGCUAUUUUUCUGUCAAACACUCUUUUUUUUUUUUUUUUUUUGCAAGUUGACUUCAUUUUUCAGUUAUUAUCAUUAUAUUAUUGUUGUUGUGUUAAUAUUUUCUUGACUAGAAAUUAAGCUUUUAUAACUUUCUGUCAGUAGUCCUACCAUGUCAGAGGUGGGAGACUCUUGGGGUCCUUCAUGUGUUGUGCUCCUUGGGCAGGGGUCCCUAUCACCCAGACUCCCCACCUUGUCACGGACAAGCUGCAGCCCAGAGUUUGCUCCACUGGCUUCCAGUGGGUCAGCGGUCUGUCCGAGGAUCAGGGGAUGCCUCGGAGAGAUGCCAGGGGAAGAAGCAACAUCUUCAUACUAAGCUUUCAAGGUCCAAAAAGCUAAUUUGUUUUUGUUUAUUCUGAGAAGUUCAGUGCAAAUCAGUAUUCCCAAGGGUGGAGAUGAGAAAUACAUGCAGCUAAGCAGGGCUUAGGAUACCCCAGCCUACUAAUACGCUAAUUGACCCACCACCACUAACUAGGAGAGUGACUUCAGCCCUGUCUCUUCCCUGACUCUUCUUUGGGCCUCAGUUUCCUCAGUGAGCAGGUAGAAAUGGAUUUGAUAAACGUUUAGAUUUGAUAAAUGAAUAAAUUCUCUGGUUCUGGUCACUGGUCCAGAGGGAGACAGGUUCCUGUGAUUUUCCUCCUCCUCCUUGAGACAAAUGAAACCUUUUUUAUAUGACAACCAAAAACAAGAUGACCGAGUUUCACCUGGGUCCGGAAGAUCUGCAGGUUGUACUGUGAUGUAGAGGCCUCAUGCAUAAGGCCUGGCUGGGAGGAGCUUGGGAAGGAGAGCAACCUCCAUUUUGUCUUCACGUUUUCAUUUCCUGUUUAACCUCAUCUUGUAAACAGCAAUAGUUUUCCCUUUAGAGAUGAGGACAAAAAGUGGUUUCCAAUUUCAAGAGGGAAAAAAAGGAAAUUAAAUCUUAAAACUAAUGUGACAAGAAGUCAAUGAACUCUGUGUCUCCUGGCUUCUGUGAUGGUUAAUCCAACUCCAAUACUGUAUGUAAGAUGCAUUUGGAAUAACAAGGACUGAAAACUCAGUACAGAAAGCAGAUUACAAACCAUCAGAGGAAAUUUAUGUAGGCUGUAACGCACAGACAACGGUGAGAAACUGUCGUGCCUAAAUUGGAAUUCUUUCUUGUUCUCCUUCGAAAGGACAACUUUCUCUAGAAUCCUGAGCUUUUUUAUGUGUCAUCCCAUUUAAAAGCUCACUUCAAACCCUGCUUGUACAAUCAGAAAUGUACCUUCCUGUCCAAGCAUCUUGGAGAGCUCACAACAGCACACAUUAAUCAAAAGGUUUACAAGUCCUUGGACACUGUCAGGGAGAGAGUUGGGAAACGGGUUUGUUUAAAGCAGAAGUCUGGCUGUCUCUUCACCGAUCACAUUUAGGACUGUGGUUGCCAUCCAAGACUAUCCCACCCAGCAACACUGAGUUCUCACGAGCAAAUCUACAUUCCUCCUGAGUUCUGCUGUUUCUGUGUAGACAGGGCAGCUGUUGUCUGUGCUGGAGAAUCACAUAAUCUUAGGGCCAUUCAUGGAAAGCUGCUGAAUAGCCUAGUUUGGAGAGUCCUGCAUAGAGCUUUGCAUGGAGCAAACAAACUGGAUCAAACUGGGCUCAGUUCCUCCAGCCUUCUAAAAAGCACAGGGCUUAGACUGCAAGCUUCCUUGGGCUUUCUCUGUGUGCGCAUGUGGUUUUAUAAACAUAUCUGUUGAGACCAGUGUCCAUGGAAACCUUCCUACAUACCAUGACUCUGGACUCCAUCACUGGUUUUGGAAAGCAGGGCUCUUCCACCUGCUAAUAAAGCCAUGUGGACCAAGCUCCGAACAUCUUUCCUUUCCACCUACUUUUAAAAUAGUCAAACAUCAAGAAAGAAUUUGAACAGGUUUCUGUUGCCUGUGUGUUUGUAAAAUGUAUUUAGUAGGCUUCUAUAUUGCAUUUAACUUGUUUUUAUAAUUCCCGAUUUUUUUUGGAUACUAUUGAUAAAUAAAGAAAUUAAAACAAUA